AUGAGUGCGUUCAGUACGUUAGCAUUUUCCGCGGCAGAAAUCACCAACCUGCUACCGCUAACGGCAGUGAUCGUGUGCAUCGGUGCCACGAUCAUGUUCCUGAUCAAGGCCGCCGUGAUACUUCGAGUGCAGGCCGAUGACGUUUUAAGGCCAUCGAACGUAACGCAGCAGAACCACAACGUGCAUGUACCGCGCCUCAAAAUGACCCGUGUCCAUAUACCGUUCACAUUUCGGCUGCUCGACGCGGGAAACAAUUCGUUUGACGAGGUACGCCUAGCGGUGUCCAGUCAGGUGAAGUACUCGCUGCAAGCGUUCUGGGGCGUUUCUAUCCGUGAGCUGCAUGUGUCGCUGUGGAGAACGUGGAACGAUCUGCGGGAGGCAUCGAAUUCGCACAUCGUCGAUUCCAGCUACUGUCAGCAACUGGCAACUAACGUAAGAUGCUGUCAACCGCAUACGGAGCACAUCAUUGCCCUGCAGUCCCCGAAGCCACCAUUAAUUUUGGGCGCUCCACCUAGACUAGCCUACCCAUUGGUGGUGUUUAUGAUACGUGAAACUGAACCAGAAGAGCUACUGCAUCCGGAUGAAACAGUAAUUCUGGUAAAUGUCGUCCAUUUGCGGGAUCCAGUCUGUCCGCUGCCGACGUCAAUUUUGGCCCAGUACUUGAAGCAGGCGAGCGGUCAACUAUCUUGCUUGAAGCAACUUUAUCUGGCCACCGGUGAUCCCAUGACGGCAGACGAAACAACGACCACUAAUACAGGCAGUAAUGGUGGAUUAAACAACGCUGGAAACGGUGGUGGCACGGGCACCGCAGGAACAACCCUCCCUACGGGCACGUUAUCCCUCGCGGAACCGGUAGCCUGCGCCGGCAAUAAUGAGCCACUGCUCUGUUCAGAUUCGGCCCCACGGGACUGCCCGGUCGGGGAGCAGCUGUGCGUUGUGUGCCAUUACUUUCCACUUUCCCGAGCGUUACUACCGUGCCGACACACGUGCAUCUGCGCAGUUUGCUUCUCCAAACUGGACCGGUGUCCCAUGUGUCGGGCGACGAUAACGAGCUACUUCUGCAUACGAACCGAGGAAUAUUUACCGGCCAAUACGACGAACGAGCUUAAGGUCAACAGCAAACCGAAGGGAACCGUUCACUGGCUGGACGCGCUCAACGAUCGGCUAACCGAUUUUCUUGGCUUUCGGUGAAGAACGCUGU